UAAAAAACCUAAUGAAACGAAACCCAUUUGAGUCCCUCUAUGCUCCUCUCAUACAUUAGCAAUUUAGCAUUAGCACUUCUACCAACUUCUCUCUUCAGUGUCCAUUGUGUCUCUCUCCAGGGUCCAUUUGAUCUAUACGCUUUUUCAGUUUGCUUCGUAAAUAGUACUUAAGCUCCAACAAUCUCUCUCCUCGGCCGCCACGAGAAAUGGCGGUGGACCAGUGUUCGAGUCGGAGAACGACGGGGACGGCGACGAAGAAGCUCUUUCUCGGGGCUGUGCUGUUGCUUGCCCUGAAGAUCAACACAUUUGCAGUGGCCAACACCAUCGUUGAAUAUCUACCUGGGUAUUCAGGGAAGCUCCCAUUUAAGCUUGAAACUGGCUACGUGAGCGUUGGGGAUAACGAUGAAAUCGAGUUGUUCUACUACUUCAUCGAAUCGGAGAGGAACCCGGUCAGAGACCCUCUUCUGCUUUGGCUCACCGGCGGCCCCGGUUGCUCCGGUUUCUCCGGCCUGGUUUUCGAAAUCGGACCUUUAAAAUUUGACUAUGCAACGUUCAACGGGAGCUCACCUACAUUGCUUCCGAACCCUUACUCGUGGACACAGAUAGCCAACAUUAUAUUCCUAGACGCGCCCGUCAGCACCGGUUUCUCUUACUCGACCACCCAAGAGGGUUACUACACCACAGACACUAAAUCAGCUAAGGACAUAUACAAGUUUCUCCGGAAGUGGAUACUGGGCCAUCCCAAGUUUGGCAACAACCCACUUUACAUAGCCGGCGACUCGUAUUCCGGCAAGAUCGUACCACAAGUCGCUCUUCUAGCAUCGAAUGGGAUUAUUGCUGGAGAAAAGCCAACCCUGUAUCUCCUAGGGUACAUGCUGGGCAAUCCGGUGACGGAUUUGGACUCGGAUCAGAACUCGAGGGUCGAAUAUCAGUAUCGGGUAUCAUUGAUAUCGACUGAGCUGUACGAAUCAGCCAUAGAGAAUUGCCAGGGAAACUAUAUUAACCCAGACCCAGAGAACACUGCAUGCGUGGAGGAUGUUCGACAGAUCGCAGAGUGCACGUUGAAGGUAUGUGAUGCAGCAAUAUUGGAACCCAAGUGCAGUUAUGCGAAACCGAGAUCGAGAGAGACGGGACUCAACUGGGGAAUCAAAUUCUUCGACGACGACAUGCCUUUGGACUUGCUCCAAUCGCCAUCUACUAAAGGGAAAGAAAACUGGUGUCGAAAUGAGAACUAUGUGCUUGCUUACAUGUGGGCCAACGAACCAUCCGUCCAGAGCGCUCUUAAUAUCCGUAACGGGACGAUUCCAGAGUGGACGAGAUGCAACAAGAGCUUGGCUUACGAAGACGAUCUCAACUCGACAGUCCCUUAUCACUAUGAUCUCAUCGAAGCCGGUUACCGAGCUCUGGUUUACAGCGGAGAUCACGACAUGUUGAUCCCGUACGUGGCUACGGAGAAGUGGAUCUAUUCGCUUAACAUGACCGUCUUGGACUACUGGAGACCCUGGUUCGUCGAUGGCCAAGUUGCCGGAUACACGUUCAAGUCCACCAUAAAACUUGGAGAUGGCAUGACCUAUGCAACUGUAAAGGGGGCAGGCCACACGGCUCCGGAGUACAAUCCCAAGCAGUGCUUGGAGAUGGCGGACAGAUGGUUGUCUCAUUACAGCCUGUGAUGGGGUUUCAGUCUUGUGCCUUCCAUGUUUGUAAUCAAGAAAACAUGACUUGGGCCUUGGUUGAUGAAGUUAAGAGAGGACAUGAAUAUAUUUUUGUGUUUUUUAUUUUUUCGUUUCGGUCCCCGAUUAUUUUCAUUGA